UUGCUGAAAGACGGAUGACCCAAACGCUGAUGCCAAACUUCAGAAGAAAUACUCAAAACCGAAAGAGCUGUAAUAGGCGUUGAAGAAGAAACAUUUCGAGAAGGAUGAGAAGCGUCCAGGACAUAAAGAUUGCGUUGGAGGUUACCCUUCCCAAUCAUGAAGUCCUGAAUAAGCUCCUGGUUUUGAAAAGGAUUUUCAGGAAAAAUGUAACAUGAGUCAGAAGAAAAUAGAACCGCCAUAUUGCUAUUUCGAGUUAAAGCACUGAUACUUAAAAGAUGAAACUUGAAUGUUGGAAUGUAUAAAACAUCAAAAAGAGUGAGCUUGGAAGAAACAAUGAUAGUGCCAGAGACAGUGACAGGAAUCCUAGAAUCCUUUAUCUUGAAUUUCUGUAAUCUGUUUUGUUGAUCUUCUUCUGUAGAAUCCUUUAUCUUGAAUUUUUGUAGUUUGCCUUGUGGUUAAGGCUGGUUGGUAUAGGUAUCUGGUUUGAUUUGUUUGCCAUGAUAAAGGAUUACCUUUUCAAUCCUUGGUUUGCGAGGGAUUGCAUCCUUUAAGAUUCUAAAUGGAUUUCAUUUUGUCUGUUAAUUUAAAGGUUCGAGCAAAACACAAGGAAGUUUGUCUCCAUAGAGACAGUCUGCUAGGGGACACGAUUCUUGAAUGCUACAACUGUGGGUGUCGGAAUGUCUUUCUUCUUGGUUUCAUCUCGGCUACUACAGACAGUGACUGUUGUUGUCCUUCUCUGUAGAGAUCCUUGUUUAUACGUAAAUGCCCUGAAUGAUUUGAACUUGGAUCUAAGUCAGUGGUGGCGUCCCUUGAUUGACGAUAGGUGUUGUCUCCCUUGGCUUGUUAAGGUUACGUUUCUAUCCUUCCUCUUUAUUUAUUUUUUCUUAAUUAGACGUUGCAUUAUUAAUUAUUAAUUCUUUAUAUUUUUUUUGCAGGUACCAUCAAGGCAGGAACAGCCGAGGGCACGCCAAAUUAGUGAACAGCAAAUAAACAAAAUAGAGGAAUUAUGGAAGACAAAUCCGAAUGCUAUCCUUUUGAAGACUUUGAAAAACCUAGUGUAGAAGAUGAACCUCAGCCUGUUCAACUUAAGUAUGAAGAUGCAUAUGAGUAUCAAAACGUGUUUGCACCUCUUAUUAAGAUCGAAGCAGAUUAUGGCAAGAUGAUGAAAGAGUCUCAAAGCAAGGAAAACCUCACAGUUCGAUGGGAUAUUGGUCUUAACAAGAAGAGCGUUGCAUAUUUUCUCUUCCCAAAGAAGGAAAAUAAGUUGCGAUUGGUACUGGGUGAUGAACUACGUCUGCGCUACUCGGGAGAUGCUGCUCAUCCAGCUUGGAACUCAGUUGGACGUGUGCUAACUGCACAAGAGGAGGUUUCUCUUGAACUCCGAGAUAAUCAGGUCGUUCCAGUUGACGGGAACCAUGGAUUCUGUGUUGAUUUUGUUUGGAAAAGUGCAACCUUUGAUCGAAUGCAGGGAGCAAUGAAGAACUUUGCUGUAGAUGAAACAAGUGUGAGUGGUUAUAUUUACCAUCAGCUAUUGGGACAUGAACUUGAGGCCCAGAUGGUCCGGAACACACUACCUCGGCGUUUUGGGGUACCUGGCCUGCCAGACUUGAAUGCAUCUCAGAUUAAUGCAGUGAAGAGUGUCCUUCAGAAGCCCAUAAGCUUGAUCCUAGGUCCAGCUGGUACAGGCAAAACUGUGACUUCUGCUGCAAUUGUGUGUCACAUGGCAAAGCAGGGCGAGGGGCAGGUUCUCGUUUGUGCCCCAAGUAAUGUUGCUGUCGACCAACUAGCUGAAAAAAUUAGUGCUACUGGUUUAAAGGUUGUUCGCCUCUGUUCAAAGUCACGGGAAGCAGUAAGUUCUCCUGUUGACCAUUUGACCCUUCACUACCACUCUACCAGGUACGGCAUUUUGACACUUCUGAGAAGAGCGAACUGCAUAAUCUACAGAAGUUGAAAGAUGAACAAGGAGGUGAGCUGUCAAGCAGUGAUGAAAAGAAAUGCGAAAGUAUAAAAAGAGCAACUGAACGCGAGAUAACCCAGAGCGCUGAUGUCAUUUGCUGCACUUGUAUUGGUGCUGCGAAUCCUCGGUUGUCAAAUUAUAGAUUUAGACAGGUACUUAUUGAUGAGUCUACUCAUGCAACAGAACCUGAGAGCCUAUUGUCCUCGGUGUAAAGCGGCUAUUAGGGUUCUCAACGAGCUGGUUUGUUACGGUUAAUUAUUUAUUGAUUACUUACAGGAAGUUUUUUGCACUAGGUUGUUCUUGUUGGUGAUCAUUGUCAGCUUGGGCCCGUCAUAAUGUGCAAGAAAGCAGUUUGUGCUGGUUUGGCACAGUCUCUCUUCGAACGCCUUGUGUGCUUAUUGGUAUUAAACCAAUUAGAUUGCAGCUAUUACAAGAGAAGACUGCUAGGGAAAUAAAAUAAAAACAACACAACACGAGAAUUGACUACAGAGUCAGACAGCAAGCAAGGACCGGGCUGAACAACAACGCAGCGAAAGCCGUAAAACAGAGUGAUAACGAGAUCAGGUUUGUUACCAUUAGGACCUUGCAAUCAGUGUUGUCAUAUUCUUGAUUUCAGGUUCAAUAUCGUAUGCAUCCAGCUUUGUCCGAGUUUCCAUCUAAUAGCCUCUACGAAGGAACACUAUGUAAUGGAGUCACAAUUAUUGAAAGGCAAGGGAUUGAAUUUCCGUGGCCUGUGCCUAAUCGACCGAUGUUUUUCUAUGUCCAGCUGGGGCAAGAGGAGAUCAGUGCUAGUGGAACAUCAUAUCUAAAUAGAACUGAGGCUGCUAAUGUGGAGAAACUUGUGACCGCUUUCUUAAAGAGUGGAGUUGUCCCCAGUGAGAUUGGAGUGAUAACUCAUACGAGGGACAUAGAGGAUGCAUUGUUAAUUACAUGGCAAGAAAUGGGUCUCUCCGACAACAACUUUACAAGGAAAUUGAGGUUGCCAGUGUUGAUGCUUUCCAGGGAAGAGAAAAAGAUUACAUCAGAUUUUCCUGCGUGAGAAGUAACGAGCAUCAGGGCAUUGAUCCACGGAGGCUUAAUGUUGCACUUACACGUGCUCGUUAUGGGAUUGUUAUUCUUGGAAACCCAAAGGUUCUUAGUAAAUAGCCGCUCUGGAACAGCUUACUGGCAUAUUACAUGGAAUAUGGGUGCUUGGUUGAAGGACCUCUUAAUAAUUUAAAGCAGAGCAUGGUACAAUAUUAGUCGCCAAGAAAGGGAGGAUAUGCUGUUGAUUAUGCCACACAAGGAGCCCGUGGAGCGUUUCCUGGAAACUUUAUGGACAAGAAUUCUCAAGGCGGUUAUUCUCGUUUCAGUGGGAGUAAUGAUUUCAUGUUUCAGGAAUAUAUGUGAGCACAAUGUCUUUUCAUCCAAGCUGGUUUUACCGACGAAUCCCAGGAUGAUGGAUAAUAAAAUUAUUUUGGUGUGAACAAUCCUAAUUUUCAGUCUCAGGUUUGUCCUUUUGAUGUGAACAAAUCCUAAUUAAUCCGUGUUCGUUCGGUUGCAUUAAUGUUCACAAUCAGCAAAAGAAAGGUUUCCUUAA